AUGCCUCGCCAGCCUGCAAAGAAGCGCAAGGAGCAACCCGAGCCCGAGGCUGAGGACCCGUCCGAGGUUGAAGCCCCGUCAGAGGCCGAGGACGGACCCGAAGCCAAUUGGUCCCCCUGGGAUCCAACGGAGCGCAAAGUGCUUGAUAUUCGUAAGCUGGACCUCAACAAAUCAUACCACAAUGAGAAUCGACCCAGGUCAAACUUGACCAAGGUCAAAGUCGGCCACACAACCUCGAAGCCCCCGCCGGAACGGCAACGAUGGCAGCAUACCGGCAAAAAGCCCAUCGAGAAGGUGGAAGAUCUACCCAAGGGCUGGCAUGCGACUGAGCCGGAUCUCGAUGAAGAGGACCUCAGUGGCCAGAUUGCAAGGUGCCAUGAAAGAAUCGAGGACAAGGUCAUGCCGAAGUUCUUCAAGGAAAAGCUAAAAGGCCUUCAAGCUUCCAAGGCAUAUUACGACCGAAUGUCCGAGAACGAGCCCGAGGAUCUAAGCCAAGAGGUUUAUGAAAGGAUCAACUCCCUCAGAGCAAUCGAAAAGGAUCUCAAGAAAUCGGACAAAACCCACCAACUUCCUAAUGCACAGACUAUUCUGCAAGCAUAUCUUGAUGGAAAGCUGCACUGGACCCCCGGUCUGAUUACCUACUGGUCGAACGGAGUCAAGUUAUGCGAGCCUCGCCCAUUCAACUGGGAUGAAUUCGAGGCGAUCAACGCCGCACACGGCCGCGCCGGAUCAUUUUGGACUGAAGGGCUUUCUGGUCCAGGUCCUGAAUUCCAAGGUGCAACGCUAAUCAUCGGCUCAAGCCCCAGUGCCCUGGAAAUCAACAUAUACAGAAUCGCCGUCCGCGCCCCGAGUGGUGACUGGUGGGAUGAACUAGAAUUCGUACACGACACAGGAGCAUCGAUCAUGCACAUCUACCAACACGACAUACGACGAAUAAUCGGUCCGCAUAGACGUCAAGCAGCAUCAUUCCUUCCAGUAGUUAGCACGAACCAAUUCCGAACUGCAAGCGGAACUAUGACCCGAGACAUCGUCGAGCUAGAAGUUACGCUCCUUAACCAUUCGAGAAAGCGGAUCCUCCCCUGGACGCGAGUCCAGUGUGUCCAGUUUAACCCACACUAUCCCAUUGGGGGAGAGGGGUGUGCCAAUGGCGAACUUUCCUCCCGGGCUGAAGCUAAGGGAAUAUUUGCGACACGGCCUCCGACUCAGCCUGAGAAUGUCUAUGGUUCGAAGGCUAUGCCUGAUGCCCAUAUCAGCUGGCUUGGGAGUUAA